CCAAACAUACCAGUCCGUACUUGUUUAUAUUUUGGUUAAUGCGCAGAAACCAGUGAACACCGCGAGAUACCCCAACGUUUGCCCUGGCACUCGGCGUCCACUCUGUUCAUCCAAAGUCGCGUUCGAUCGUUUCAGGCGGUUCGAAUCUCGUCGGAAAACAGUGUCCGAAGGUGAGAAACGGAGGAGUUAGGCCGGGGCGUUGGAAAGGAGACGAAAAACUCCAUUUGGAAAAAAAAACAAGACUGAUUGACUCGAGUGUCGGCACAACAAGGGGUGGGCUUCCUUCUAUUCAGUUUCCCGUUUUGUUUUCCCCGUUUGUUUUUACACCCGGCUUAGCGAUGGAAGAGGAGAUCAUGGAAAAUCUCGAGAACCUGGAAGAGGGCCAGGUGGCCCUGGGGCAGGGUUCGAGGGCCGAGCUCUCGAAAAGCGCCGAAGAACUUUCGACCUCCGUGCCGGACGUAAGGUUGAAGAGGAAGGCGAAGCGGCUCACCAGGCACCUGUCCAAGGACGGCACCCUCACCAACGGGGCCCACAUGGCGCCGGCUCAGGUACAACGCAAUUGGAAGAACACCAGGAGGCCGAGGAACGGACGCAGGAGGGGCCUUCCUAAAAAAGGGGGUGCUGGUGGUAAAGGUGUCUGGGGGAAGUUGGGAUCUGAGCUCGAAGAAGAGGAUCUGGAUCGCAACGACCCCAAUUACGACAGUGACUCUCUAGAUAAUGGAGACAUUGAACUUACGCCCAUUAUACCUGAGGCUUCAGACGAAGAACUCAGAAACGUCGCUGACCUCAUCAUCCGUGAAUAUUACGAGCAUGGCGAUACCAACGAGGUGAUAAUCGCUUUGGAAGAUUUGAACUUCUCUAAUAAAAAGCACAUGAUUCCGCAAUUGGCGAUUGAAAUCGCUUUUGAUCACAAGCCAUCCCACAGGGAGAUGACUUCGGUUUUAGUAUCUGACCUUUACGGGAGGAUUGUCAAACAGAGAGAUAUUGCUACAGCCUUUGACAUCUUGUUGGCUAACUUGCCAGAUUUGAUUUUGGACACACCAGAUGCACCAGUUGUACUGGGCAAUUUCCUGGCUCGGGCGAUUGCUGACGACUGCAUCCCACCGAAGGUCAUUCAGGUGUUCAAAGAAAAAGCUGAUACUGAUUUGGCAAGGCAGACGCUUCAGAGGGCCGACACUCUUUUAUCAAUGAAACAUGGGCUUGUUCGCCUGGACAACGUCUGGGGCGUCGGCGGUGGUUUGAGGCCUGUCAAAUACCUCAUUAGGCAGAUGAAUCUGCUUUUGCAAGAAUAUCUGUCAUCUGGUGAUCUCAAAGAAGCGACCCGGUGCCUUCUUGAUUUGGAAGUACCCCACUUCCAUCACGAACUUGUUUAUGAGGUUAUUGUGAUGACUUUAGAAGCUCUUAAUGUUCAUGUUGAGGAAGCUAUGUGUAAACUACUCAAGUCUAUGUGUGAUGCUAUUAUUAUAACUCCUGAUAUGAUGGAAAGAGGGUUCUGUCGUGUUUAUGAUGACAUUCCUGAUAUACUGUUGGAUGUUCCACUUGCUGCAACUGUAUUGGAAAGAUUCAUCGGAUUAUGCCACAAGGCUGGCAUAAUAUCCGAUCAAUUAGUCAAGAGGAUGCCAUUCAGAGGGCGCAAGAGAUUUGUGUCUGAGGGAGACGGCGGGCGCAUCAAGGAGUUGAUUGUCAACUGAAUCCCUUGAUGACCCCCUAAGGAGGAAGAAGGCGAGGACAAAAAACAAAAAAAAAGAUGAAAAGUACUGAGAAAAAAAAAUAAGGCCGAAACAAAAAAAGAGAGAGAAAAUGAAAAUUGAGAAAAACCUCAAGUUGUUCUUCAACUUGUACUUACUGCUUUGUUCUAUAGAUGUGUAUAUAGUCUGUAUCAGUAUUUUGUGUUCCUUACAAUUUUUGUGCCACAAAUCAAAGGCCUAUUUGCCAUAAAAAAUUUUGCUUAUUCCUUUUU